AUGGGAGAUCCACAUCAUUUGGAGUGGCUUUCCCGUCUUUCUUUUCUAAAGUACCUUAACUUGAGUGGUUUGGGGUUUUCAUAUGAAUAUAAGGCUAUGAUCCAAACUCUUAAUAGCCUCCCAUCACUAGAGGAAUUGCGCUUGCAUAACUGUGGCCUUUCAAGUGCCGAUCUUAAUAUUUCUUUUGUAAAUUUCACAUCUCUUAGGGUGCUUGACCUCUCCGACAAUGACUUGAAUUGCACAUUACCUCACUGGGUUUUCAAUCUUAAAAAUCUGGUUCACCUUGACCUAAGUGGCUCCAAUCUAUGUAGACAAUUUCUUGAUGGAAUUGUUGAUUCUCUUGAACACCUGGAUUUGUCACACAACGGGAUUGGAGGUCGCCUCUCAAGUAAUUUGGGAAAGUUAUGCAAUCUGCGGAAUUUGAAACUGAGUCAUAACGCCAUUAGUGGUGAAAUAACAGGUUUUGUCAACACUUUGUCUGCAUGCUCCAACAACAGCUUAGAGACACUGGACUUGGGAUCCAAUGCAUUCAUGGGAAAUCUACCGGGCACUUUGGGAUAUAUUAAGAGUCUAAAAGUUCUUCAGCUGCAGAAUAACCCAUUCCGAGGUUCCAUUCCGGAAUCCAUUGGAAACUUAACGUCUGUGGAGCAAGUUUUCCGGUGCAGAAAUGAAAAGAGUCUCAUCCCAGAAAGUCUCGGACAGCUCUCCAAGCUUGUUGUGCUAGAUAUCUCAAACAACCCAUGGGAAGAUGUCAUAACUGAAGCUCAUCUCAUGAAUCUUUCCCGCUUGGAGGAGUUUUCUAUCAGUAAUGAACUCCAUAACAUUUCAGUGGUUUUCAAUAUAAGCUCUAAUUGGAUACCUCCUUUUAAACUCCGACACCUCAUCAUCAAAUCAUGCCAACUAGGUCCUAAAUUUCCAACUUGGCUUCAAAAUCAAAAUCAGCUCAUCACAUUGGUACUAAAAAAUGCUAGCAUUUUCGACAUCAUACCUCAUUGGUUUUUCCAAUUGGAUUUGCAACUUCAGACGCUAGAUUUUGUUCAUAAUAAAAUUUUUGGCAGGGCGCUAAACAAAUUAAGGUUCUUUCCUGGUUCAACCAUGGAUUUGGGUUCAAACCAAUUUGAUGGCCCUCUCACACUGUUUUCAUCAAACAUUUCCACAUUGUCGUUAAAUAACAAUAUGCUUUCUGGAUCAAUCCCUUCUGACAUUGGCAAAGCAAUGCCCAUGUUAACAUAUUUAGAUAUCUCUUGGAACUCACUCAAUGGAGGCAUUCCAUUGUCCAUAAGUAAUCUAACUGAAUUGACAUCCUUCAACAUCUCUAAUAAUCAUUUAUCCGGUGAAGUUCCUGAUGUGUGGAAACAUAAGUUACCGUUGAUUGUUUUGGAUGCGUCAAACAACAUGCUUUCUAGAACAAUCCCCAAAUCAAUCAGUUUUCUACAAAUGCUCACUUUUUUGCUUCUGUCUAACAACAAUUUUUCUGGAGAAUUUCCUUCCUGCUAG